CUUUUUAUGCCGAAAUCCCGAUAUCGGGAUCAUUACCGUCUCAAUUAACUGCCUAACAAGUUACGACAUGUUUUGUAUAGGAUCCGCAAGUGUCUACGGGGGAGGACACGUGGGGUCGUCCUUUGUGCAAUUGUUUUUUGUCUGUUCGGACCUAACAUUAUGGAUUAGGGUUGGGCAAAAUUAUGUGAGAGUUAGGUACUUUUUAAUUAAAACUUGCCUACCUACUACUAAAUUAAUUAAUUAGGUUUCUCUUAUUUUAUUAUUUUGUAAAAGUCGCUAUACACGUUAGUAGUUCACUAGUAGAAACAAAACUUAAGUACCUGCCCAUAUCAUUCAUCGCUUUCCGCAAGACGUAUAAGUGGGCAACGCGAACACGUAAAGCUGCGUCCUCACUGAAAGCGAUAUUAACAUUCAGACCGAUUAGCGAAAGAAACGCAACAAAUUUUGAUCUUCUUUAAAUAUAAUUAAUCAAUUGCUGUUCGUUUGUCUCGCUAAAACUCGAGAACGAUUUAACUGAUUUUGGUUUUGAAUGUUUGUUGUAGUCCAGGGAAAAUUUAAACUGUAAAAUAUAGGUAAAUAUUGCGAAAGAAGAUAGUAAAAUUUCAUUUUCCCAUAAUUAUAAACUGUAGUGUGUAUCGAUAGUGUAUUUUACUCCACGCAAGAAAAUAUAAGAAUGCAUGUUUUUAAUAGAUUUAAUAAAAAAUAAACUGAAAACGUUGAUAUUUUUUCAUAAAAGUGAAAAUAGAAUUUUAAAAUUCGCUUUUAUUAAAUCAUCUUUUUUAAAUGUCUAAAACGCCUCCACCCUGACGAAUUCCCUCGUGACGUCACUCCGUUAGUAAACAAGUAGAUUUUGGCUUGAUUUAUGUUUAAAAUGUUGGAAUCGUUUGUGAUAACAUCACGUUAAUGGACUUUAAAGUUUUAUUUUACCUAUUCAAAUCGCGUCAUGGAAGACGUGAAAGCAGAAAGUUAGAGUAAAGUUACAGAAACUAUCGGAAUGACGUCACGAGCCAAACAGCAUGGCGGCUAGAGUUUCCGCGCGAAAAGUCAAAAUCAUAUUUACAUUUAAGUUUAGAAGGCAUUUAUAGGCUUUUUAAAAUUCAAAUUAAAAUUAAGUAUAAGCUCAAGAUUGAUUUACAACAUAUUUCAAAAGAAAGGUGUAAGACCCUAUUCUAAGGCGGAACGAAGUUCGCUGAGCCAGCUAGUCGCCUAUAAAAUGUAGAAAUCUCGGAUUAUGAAUUGGUAAUUUUGAAUAAUAAAUAGAAGCAGCGAGUAUUCUUCUGAUUUGUUCCUUGUUUCCCUCCGAUAAAUAUCGCUCCCAGCUCGCUUUCAAUUGCUGAAGGUGUAUAUUUACACUUGACAAGGUUUAAUUUGACACAAAGCCGGCUCUCAACAUUAACAAUUAAGAAUAAACAAUGGACCUAAAAUAUGAUGACGGUGUUUGGUGGCGGGUCAAAAGCACAGCAUUAAAAGCUCACAGGAAACAGCCAUGGGAGCGUGUUUGCGCUGUUCAAAAGCACCACCAGCCAAUGCUGGGAGUAAAGAUGUCGGCACCCAGACCGACGACUGCGGAAUUCCGCAGCCGCAACAGCAGCAGCAGCCGCCGCAGCCGCAGCCGCAGCAGCAGCAGCAGCCGCAGCCGCAGCUUACCAGCCGGGCGGGGUGGUGGCGGGCUCCACCGCCUACACCCGUAUCGGUGCAGAGCAGCGGGCGAUCACGUCAUGUCGAUGUCGAUUCAGAUAUCGACAUGACGUGGAGCUCGACAAGCUCCAUUUAUUUUUAAGUAGUUAUAAGUGUUUUUAUUUUUAUUUUAUAAGUAGAUUUAUUAAAAGUUUAUUUUGAACUUAAUGUUAUUAUUUAACGACCUUACAUGAUUGUAAAUGCAAAAACAGACUUACCGGUUAAAAACAGCUCAAAUACUAAGGUGCGCAAACAGUGCACUCAUCCGGCGUGUAGUGGUUAUACACGCACGUCCUGCACGUUGCACACCAGAAACUGUCUUCGUACACCAUAUUAAUUAUAUUUUCAUAGUUCAUGACCGUCACAAAAUGAUUUAAAUUGUUAAUCGGUGCUAUUUCGAACACUUCACAGUUAUUGAUACAUUGUUCUACUUUAACAAAGUGUGUAAUUGGCCACGGCCACACUAAAUUAUUUAUUAAGGCGUCCAUAAAAUCGUCUCUAGUUAAAAAGUCAUCUACAUCCAUCAAAAAGUCAUUUACAUCUAAUUCCAUUUUUAAAAUAAAAAAGUACUAAAACUACACUACACUAAAAAAACUAAAACUACACUACACUAAAAAAAGUUUAUACUUAUAACCUACACACACUAAGUACAAUUAUAUUUUAAAAAGGCAAAGUUCUCCCACGACCUACACCAUGGAGUCUUUAAGGGUAUCUAAAUAAAAUGUGAAAAUGAAAGAUGAUGUACAUUUUAAUUUUGUUUAUUGAAAUUAAAGAACCAUCUUGGCAGAACUCUUUGUACCUUUGCCGCUUGGUCUACAGUAUAAUCUUAACUGAGCAGGGCUAUUAUGUUGGGACUACACCAUUGAUAAACAUUGUUACAAAUAUUAAUUUUUACAGUUACAAACAUACUAAUAAAAAAGAGUCUCCUAAGAAGUAAAAAAAAAACACUUACUAAUAAUAAUAGUUUUAUAAUAAUAAUACAAUUAAAUGCGAUUAAACGGCUAUUUUAACCAGUUGGCUGCGAAAUAAGUAAUUUUACACUACAUUAUUAUUUUUUUCAAACUUAAAAUACGAAUUACACUUUGUACAUAAAUACAAAUAAAAAUGCCGUUCAUGAUUUGCAAGACUACUGAUUAUUACUUAUAUUGUGAACCAAAUAUUAUGAUGUGUAAGCAUCAUUUCACUAUUACAAGCUUAUAACAAAGAAGAUAUGGAUAAAACAGACGGCCGCUUUGUUUUCGACAUGGUUCUAAACCUGAGCUAAAUUAAUUAGAAUAAUGUAAACACCUUAAAGUAAUUUAGGGUCACCACACACAAUAACUGUUCUGUUGUAACAAAAUAAUAACAGUUUUAAGCAGGGUUAGAAAAUAUCCGAUAUUUAUUAUAAAAGCGGGGGAAGCCGCAGGCGAAAAGCUAGUCAAUAAUUAUAAUGUUAAUUUAUAUAUAUAUAUAUAUAUACAGGGUGUUAUGUAAAUGGGUAUAUGAGCCGAC